AAUCAUAACUAGUCCUUAUCCUAACGCCCAGUUGCGCGGCCCACCUGGUCCGUACACACUCCGCCGCGACGCAUCCGUGAUCCGCCGCGUCCACCCGCCGCCGUGGAGCCGGCGUGCCAACCCCUCAAGACGGAAAUGGAUUGAUUGCUCGGCGAAUCGGGAACCUAUCAUGUGUCGCUUUUGUAGGCGUCACUGCAGCUUUGCCCCCAAUUUGGAUGUCACUUGGGGGAGAAUCGGUUGCUGUGUGCCAUCACAUCAGCCAACGAAUCAAGAUAUCUAAACAGAGCAUAUCAAGCAAGCAGUGCUGGCAUGGCAUUAUAUUUCAUGUAUUACUAGUCAAUAGGCUUUCUGGUUGUUUCACUCCACGUCAGAUUCUCUUAUCAAGAUGUGAUGCUGACUGAAGGGGUGAAUGGCACUCACCGGACCAAUCAUUGAAUGGAUAUAUUUUACCCCUUUUGCCAAAGGUUUCUAGUUUGCCACGUGGUUCAAUGAUUUGAGAGGGUUAUUGUUUUCUGAAAGGAACUAUUAAAAUUGUUUUCUUUGUCCACCUUUUUUCUUGUCUAAAGUAGGCAUCUCGUAGUUAUAUUCUAAUUCUCCAUCGUUCUCUUUGAUUUCACCACCACAUUAUGCUUGAACUUUGAGGGGCAAAAACAUAAAGUCUCCUUGUACCCUUCCCCUUAUGUCAGACAACAUUCAUUCCCGCAAUGUGUCGCCCUACAAAUGUUGGGACAAUUCAUAUAUUUAGAUUCAACAUAUAUCCUUUGAGUGUAAAAAGACAGUCAUCAGAUGAAGCAUGAUACUGGAUGAAUUAGUUUUUGUGAUCAUUGUUUUGAUUUUGCAAACUUGUAACAGACUCUUAAUCUUAGCCACAUGAUUUUCUGUAAAAAGUUGCUCCCCUCACCACUGAAGGAAACUGCUGUUCUGUUUUGCCAUCCCAGAAUGGUCAUUUGUGUCUGCUUUUCUUAUCUGAGUUUAAUGGUGUCAAUUCUUGGAAGAUCUAUACAGAAGUUUUUUCAUGUAUGCUUUUAUCAAGUUAUGUGAUAGAUUCAGGUUUUAUCAUUUAUGCCCCUGGAAUGGGCUGCUUAACUAAAUUAAGGAACUUUCCAGUUUAGAUACUUCCAUUGGAUUAUUCCACACUCAACUAAUUAUUUCUGAAAUAGUUCAUUUGUUUUUCUUUUGAUGUUGAGCAAAAGAAACACCUUUAUGUUAUACUCUGGGCCUGCUAUAUUCCUUGAUACCUUUUCUGUAUCAUGAGGAAGAACGUCAGCUCAUAAACAGCAGAGUUUGUUAAGUUGACGUGGAAAAGAAAAUUUGUCCUUGAGCCAUUAACAUGUUGUAAAUAUUUAUAUUUUCACGGGGAAGUAAUAGCAGUUUACCAAUUUAUCAUCACAAGUAAUCAUAAACAUUGAUUGGGAAAUUUGUAUAUGGACAUUGUGCAAAGUAAAACAAAAUACUGGAGGUAGUAAUCGAUCUGCGUAGUUCAAAGAAGAGUAGCUAUGGUUUCUGCUGGCCAAAUGCGCAACAAAUACACCUCAAAAGGAGCAUCAGAAUCGCAGCUGUUCAAGUCAUUGUCCUAAAUGUGGAUAGAUGUUGCACACCUUGGCAAUAAAAUCACUUGUGUGCAUGGCAUGCUAAUAUUCGCCUUUCAUACUUUAAAAUAUCUUCAAUUUCACUUAUGUUGGAGGAUAGCAACAGCCUCCACAGCUAUAUAAAUGAACCUCGUGUACAACUUUUCACAGCCAAAGUGAUCAAUCAGUUGCAUAUUCAUUUUUUGUCUACUCCUACCUUCAAGGCAUUCAUUUUGCCUCUAUUUCCAUCAUUCAUUACUUAUAAAUGGAGUAUGCUAAUUUGCAACGCCAGGCAGCAUCCUUGAAAAAGAGCCUCUUCGAUCAGGGAUACUUGGAUGAGCAAUUUUGUCAGGUUGAGGACUUGCAGGAUGAAGCAAGUCCUAAUUUUGCAGAAGAAGUUGUUUCCUUGUUCCUCAAGGACUCAACUAGACUAAUGACAAAUAUUGAGCAAACUAUGGAGAAGUAUCCAAGAGAUUUCAAUAGAUGGGAUGCACACAUGCAGCAAUUAAAAGGAAGCUGUUCUAGCAUUGGUGCUUCUAGGAUGAAGAACGAGUGCACAUCGUUCAGGAACAACUGUGGAGACGAGAAUGCUGAAGGUUGCAUGAGAUCUUUCCAAAAAGUGAAGCGGGAGCAUGCUGUCCUCAGGCAGAAGCUGGAAUCCUACUUCCAGCUGCUGCGACAAGCCGGUCCUGCUGGGACUGCAACCAGGCCUGGGGCCGUGUAAGCAACUGGCUGUUGGCAUUCAGGGCUGGUGCGCCACUACGGGAUUGUUGCCGACUAGCAGUAAAGAUCGCCCAGGAAUAAGACGUAUGUUCCGUUUGUGACACCGGAAUUUUACCGUAUCCUGUAUUCCAGAAAGGCUCGCUCGUAAGCUGGUCUUGCCGACUAGUCUAUUGGCGUCCUACGGUGAUAUGCUCUGGUGGACGUGAUAUGUGUCUGCUUCUGUAUAUGAUCGAAUAAAUUCGAUGAAGCUUGCAAGCUUGCAUCAUGGCAUGCACCCUUGUCCCGUCCAUGCUGUCAUCCAGAUUGGGAUGGGUUGAUGUGCAGCUACUCAAAACUGUCGGUAACAUUGAGGUCUCAUGGACAUCGCUGAAUUAACAAGGUCUGUCAUGGGCAAGAAUGAGCUAAUAACUAGAGCACAUAUAUUCUCGUU